CUCUCACUGUUGUGGCCUCUCCCGUUGCGGAGCACAGGCUCCGGACGCGCAGGCUCAGCGGCCAUGGCUCAUGGGCUCAGCCGCUCCGCGGCAUGUGGGAUCUUCCCGGACCGGGGCAUGAACCCGUGUCCCCUGCAUCGGCAGGUGGACUCUCAACAACUGCGCCACCAGGGAAGCCCAGUCAUAGGUUUUAUAAUGCCUGCAGGAUAAGAUCUUACAAUCUGAUAGAAAAAUUAUGUACAUAUUCAUACCUUCUAGGAAUGUGCUGCUGUGAAUUACAACAUUUCCAGGCCAGCAAAUCAUCCAGACCCCAUGCUGCCACUAUUUGAAGGAGAUGAUUUAAGGAGAUUGGCCCAGGAGAUCACCAAGGCCAGAAGCUUCCUCUGGCAGGCCCAGUCCUUCAGGUGUGCCCUUCAAGCAGCCCCUCCCACCUGCCUCGUGGCUUCAGCCCACCCAGACCCUGGGCCCCGCUCAGGUCCCAACUCCAGAAGAAAAACAUCACAGAACCGAAGGUUGCUACGUUUUAGAAAAGUGUUCUCAGGUGCGACGCAGACUCACCAUCAGCCCCUCUUGGAGGAAGAAGAAACAAGUGAGCCUCACCGCCACCCACCGCCCCUGCUCAUCUAAACUGAACUGAAGUCUGCUCUGGAGCCCAGUCCAGAGCGAAUGCUCAGCUCAAGCAUGUGACAAUCGGGCUGGAGCUGCUGGGCCAGCCCUACUGUGUACAUAUGAAAUGACUGUGUCAUGUGUUAUGUCAGCUGGGGUCAUUUCUAAGACAGGAAAAAUUGCUUUUAUUUAAUUAAUAGGAUCAAAGUUACUUUUAAAUGGAUGUGAUCAUUGGUGUGUGUGUGUCUCUGUGUAAAUUUUCGGUGUGAUAAAACUUUAUUAAAAGACUCAUAUCUAGAUAUACGAAGAACUCCGAAUCAAUAAGAAAAUGAUAAACAUCCUAUUUUUAAAAAUGGACCAAAGGCUCAGACAGGUAUAAAUGAACAAGAGGUGUAUGAAAAUACGCGCUCAACAGCCUUACCCAUCAGUGAAAUGCUAAUUAAAACUACAGUGAGAACCACUACACACCCACCAGAGCGGCUAAAAAUAAAGACUGGCAAUAUGAAGAUAGGCAGCAGCUGGAACCCUCACGCGUUGCUGGAGUGGAGGGUGGAGCGGUGUAACUUGGUGCAUCCACGCUGGAAAACUGUCUGCCAAUUUUCACCGAAGUAGAACGUGUGCCUUCUCUCUGCCAGCAAUUCCACUCCAAGAGGAAUGAGUGCCCACGUUCGACAAAAGACAUACACGAGAAUGUUUACAGCAACUUUAUUCGUAAGAGUCAGAAAAUGGAAGCUACUUAAAUGCCCAUCAAUGGUAGAAUGGACAAAUAAAUUGUGAUACAUCUGUGCGGUGGAAUACUACGCAUCAAUUUAAAAGAAUGAACUACAGCUAUAUUCAACAAGCUGCAUCAAUUUUAUGAGGAAUAUUGGGCAGAAGAAACCAGACACAAAAGAGCACAUACAGUAUAAUUCCAGUUAUAUGAGGGUCAAGAAUAGGCAAAACUAUUGUUGGUGACAGAAGCCAGAAGGGUGAUUACCUUGUGUGUUGGGGCCACUACGGGGCUAUACCUUGAUCUGGCGGUGGUUACACUGGUAUAUACACAAGUAAAAAUUCAUCAGAUUGUUUAAAAACACAGUUUACUGAGACUUGACAACCCAUGGCUUUGGCCAGGCUCUGUACUGGCCCAGGGAGACAGCAGUGACCACAGCCCCUUCCACAGUGGGUCUCAGUCUGGUCACUGUCUUGGACAGCUGCCCUCUGCAUCAUCUCUAUCCACGCC